GGCGAACAUAUUUUCAGAGCUUUUACUGCACAUGCCCAAAGAAAGAAGCACCAUCUUUAAGCAAUUCUGAAUCUCGACUCUUUCUUUCUUCUUCGAAACUUCAAAGCAGUAGAAAGGUCAUUGGUUAGAGCAGACUAGCUAGCCAUCCAUAAAAAUGGAAAACCUCUCUGGGUUUUGAGCCAGAGGAGCUGUAUGUUCUGUAAUCAGUUUUCUUUUUUCUGAAAUGGGUUCGCUGGAAAUGGAGAGUGAAUCAGACUUUAACAACAAAGAGGCAAAAUCUGAGAUGGGUAUGGAUGAAGAUAAGAAGAAGAGCAGUUUGGGUAUCAAGAAGAAAAGAAGGUUCAAGAACUUGUCUUUUCUCUUCCCGUGUAUGAGAUUGGAAGACGAGGUGCCGACGGAAGAGCGGCCGAGCGGCGGUGGAGGCUUCGAUGUGGAGGCUGCCGGAAUAGAUCACCGACCGACUCACCUGGUUGUUAUGGUCAAUGGCAUUAUAGUGCUGCUAAUUGGAUAUUUCCAGCAAAGCAAUUUGUGAAGACCUAUCCAAGGGAUGUCAUUGUUCACUGCAGUAAAUCAAAUUCUGUAACAUUGACAUUUGAUGGAAUUGAUGUAACUGGGACGAGGUUGGCUGAUGAGGUCAUUUCUGUAAAACAACGUUACCCGGACCUUAAAAGGAUUUCUUUUAUUGGUCACUCACUUGGUGGUCUGAUAUCAAGAUAUGCCAUUGCCAAGUUAUACAGUCAAGGUUGUACAGAAAAGCCCAAUGGUGAUGGUGCAAUAAUAAAUGCAUCUAAUAGUGAUUCUUGCUCUCAAGAUUUACCGAAAGGUAACAUUGCUGGACUAGAACCUAUGAAUUUCAUAACCAUUGCAACACCUCAUCUUGGCUCAAGGGGACACAAACAGGUCCCUGCCUUCUGUGGGCUUUACCCUAUGGAGAAAUUUGCAUCGCGUGCUUCAUGGAUGCUUGGAAGAACAGGAAGACAUCUUUUUUUAAAAGCCAAUGAUAAGGGAAAACCUCCUCUUCUAGUUCAGAUGGCUAGUGACUCUGAAGAUCUUCCUUUCAUAUCGGCUUUGGAAGCAUUCAAGCGUCGUGUGGCUUAUGCAAAUAUACAUUUUGACUAUGUAGUAGGCUGGAGUACAUCAUCAAUACGGUCAAGAAGUGAACUUCCUCCAAAGGGUAAGAAUCUGAAAAGAGUUGAAAAGUAUCCACACAUUGUAAAUCUAGAACCAGCAAACACGACUAGUACCUCUCAAAGAAACGGAUCUGUGGGGACAAGUAAAGCAAACAAGUAUACUUAUUUGGAAGCGGAAAUUCCUGCGUCCGCCGCUGCGCACCAGAUUGAUCAAAGUUGUGCGUAAAUUUACUGUGUGGUUUCUGUCAUUUGAAAUGAAGAGACCAUGCUCAAGGGCUUAACAAAAAUGAGCUGGGAUCGUGUGGAUGUUAGCUUUCGGGGAAGUAAACAAAGAUUCUUUGCACACAACACCAUUCAGGUACAACUGUAUUGUAUAAAUUCUGAUGGAGCUGAUGUUAUUCAACACAUUAUUGAUAAUUUUGUAUUAUAAUAAUUAAGUACGUCCUGAAGUUAGAGCUAGAAGAUUAUUUACACACUCACACAUUAUUUGAGGUCAUGCCAAGAAGGCAGGAUUUUCACCCUGGCCUGAAUGUAUUGACAACUAAUGUUAAAAUUGAGGAGAAUCUAAUUGUACUAGAUGGAUAGAUAUAUCAGAGAAUAUAUAGUUCAUGUACUAUGUGCUAUAAGGAUUGUAAGUUUGUAAAAUACGUACUUGGUGUACUAUGAAGUAUAAAGUGAACCUCUGCCCUCUUUAUAGUAAUCUUCUACGGAGUAUUAUACUAUUAUGAAGUA